AGAAGGCCCUGGCCGUUCAUCACAGCUAGAGAAGGCGCUGACCUGAACUGAAGGCGCGUGCAUGGAAUGGAAGGAGCGGAGCACCGACCAGCAGAUGCAAAGGAUUCAAGUUUUCUUUUCGCAAAGAAAAAAAAAACGGAUUCAAGGUUUCAACGGCCGACCAAGCCCACCUCGCCGGCGAGAAUCCCAUCGAGGUGAUAAGCUUUUCUAAUCCCUGCCUGGCGUGUCGUGUGUGUGAUGGACAGGGGUCCCGAGGGAUCGCACGGACGCCUCUUAUUAAAGCCGCCCCUGCUCGGCGCCUCGCCGAGUCGCAUCCGGCAUCUUCCAUCCAAGAUCGAUCAGUUCAGUUCAGAGUAGUCGUUGUAGAGAGAGAGCAGCAGGGUAGGGUACUUCAUUCAAAGAUGUUCUUCAGGCUGGCGCAGCAGGUCCUCAGCCUCAGGCAGGGGAAGAGCCGAGCUGGGCCUGCCUUGUCCGGCGUCGCCAGACGACACUUGUCCGCUGCCGCAGACUCACAAAGGCUGGCCGGGAAGGUGGCCGUCAUCACCGGCGCCGCCAGCGGCAUCGGCCAGGCGACGGCCAGGGAGUUCGUCCGGAACGGCGCCAGGGUCGUCCUCGCCGACGUCCAGGACGACCUGGGCCGCGCGCUCGCCGCGGACCUCGGGGCCUCCUACAUCCGCUGCGACGUGACCGACGAGGCGCAGGUUGCCGCGGCCGUGGACCUCGCCGUCGCGCGCCACGGCCGGCUCGACGUCAUGUUCAACAACGCCGGGGUGGUGGGGUCCCUGGCGCGGCCGGCGCUGGGCGCGCUGGACCUCGCCGACUUCGACCGCGUCCUGGCCGUCAACACCCGGGGCGUGGUGGCCGGGGUGAAGCACGCGGCGCGGGUCAUGGUGCCGCGCCGCGCCGGCAGCAUCAUCUGCACGGCCAGCGUCGCGGGGGUGCUCGGCAUGCUGACGCCGCACCCGUACAGCGUCUCCAAGGCCGCCGUGGUGGGGCUGGUGCGCGCCGUCGCCGGGGAGGUGGCGCGCUCCGGGGUGCGCGUCAACGCCGUCUCGCCCACCUACAUCGCGACGCCGCUGGUGAUGCGCAUCAUGGAGGAGUGGUACCCGGGGAUGAGCGCCGAGGAGCACAGGCUCAUCGUGGAGCGGGACAUGAACGAGAUGGAAGGGGUGGUGCUCCAGCCGGAGGACGUGGCCAGGGCGGCGCUGUACCUGGCCUCCGACGAGUCCAAGUACGUCAACGGACACAACCUCGUCGUCGACGGCGGCUACACGGUGGGGAAGGCGCCCAACAUGCCGGCGCCGACACAGUGAGCAGCAGCAAAUGCAGGCAGGCAGGCAUGGUGCAUUGGUGCGUGGGCGGCUUUCUGCUGUUCUUCUGUUUGCUUGAGAAAACUCUGAAUAAGCUCUGUUCGUUUAUGUUUUGAACCUAGCGAUCCAUUUAUUUGCAAUAAAGUGUACUGUACAUUUUGGUGUCAUCCAUUUUCCAUUACA